ACUUUAUCAACAUCUGCAGAGUUCUGGCUGGUCUUGGAAGCUGAUUGGAUCCAAUGUUAUAAUAAAGGCCGUGCAUCCUUUUUCCUUGAAAAUGGAUGUUGUCUCUACAUAUGAGGGGCAUUCAAAAAUCAAUAGAUACAAAGAUUGUGUAGCCAUACUAAAGAAAAACCCAGGUCGGAAUGGAAAAGAUGGUGUAUAUACAAUUUAUCCGGAUGGAAAAGGGAAGAAGAAAGUGUAUUGUGACAUGACAACAGACGGAGGGGGAUGGACGGCAAUACAAAGAAGACAGGACGGGUCUGCAGACUUUUACAGGACAUGGUCAGAAUAUAAACAAGGCUUUGGGGAUCCCUCUAAAAACUACUGGAUUGGAAAUGACGUAAUCUUUGAACUGACAAAGAACAAGGACCAGGAACUCCGGAUUGAACUACAAAGAUUUAAUGGCGCUGAAGCAUAUGCUCAGUAUUCUACAUUUCAUAUCGGAGAUAAAUACAAUCAAUACAAACUCAUUGUGUCGGGGUAUUCAGGAACUGCAGGUGACAGUUUAAAGUAUCACAAUGGUUAUAAAUUCACUACUAAGGAUCAGGAUAAUGACAGGCAUGGUGGUAACUGUGCUAGACAAUAUCAUGGAGGCUGGUGGUACAAAUACUGUUACACCUCUAACCUGAACGGACAGAACGCCAAGUCUGCCGUGACUGAUACUAAAAGCAUUGUAUGGCAGGGCUGGAAGGGUAAUGAAGCCCUAAAAAGAACUGUGAUGAUGAUCAGGCACAAAAACUAAAGAAUUUUAAAAUGCAUAAUAAGUCCUGACAAAAAUGCAUCGGUCGUACAAUAAACCUGCAAUACAC